UAAAUAUCACUGAAUAGGCAAAUUAAAUAUUAAAUAGGUGAGAGGUGCUUAUUUGCAUCACCAUCUGACGGACGCUGUCGUCCACAGGAGAAGCUGAUGUUCUUGCUAGGUCGGACUGUCUCUUUUUAAUCAUCGUUGUACUGUGGGUGAUUUCAUCACAUUGGGAACUAGUAACAGUGGCUAACAUAAACUGUGGCUCUUCCACCUCAUUGUAUGGGAAUCACGCCUUUGGAUCGGAAUGAGUGAACGAAUGAAUGGUUUGGCUGCGGGAGAUUCUCUGCAUUGGACCUCAUUAAGCCCACAACGGAUGCUGCAGGAACUUGACUUGACUCGGAUGUUAUCCUUUCCCCUGAGUCACGGACCGUAUGACAGCCAGCCAGAUCCAGUGUGGAAGUCACACAUUUGGUUUUGACGACCCGUGUGACCGUCUUCUGUGAGAUUAAGAGAGAAGAAAUUCUUUUUUGUUUUGUUUUUUUUUUUACACCUGGCUGUGAAUCAAAAAGGUCCCACGCGACAUAACACGAAGGAGAAACCCAACGCAAAUCAACAUCCGCCUCCCCUGCCACCAGCUCCACCAGCAUGGCAGAUGACCGGCAGCCAGAAGACAGUGCCUCCCAGUGGGACCCAUCAGGGGGGCAGGAGCCGACUGGUACCCAUGGAGCCAAUGGUUUCUCCUCUUCCUCGUACAGGACUUGCCAGACGGCUGGGACCCAUGCGACCUCUGUCCCCUUCUCUGCGAGGGAGAAUGGCUUCAAUGGGGAGCUAACGGGUGCUCACGCCAUAACUGCAGAACAAGUGUCAGCUAGGAUUGUGCAGGAAGUGACAGCAGAGGCAGUGGCAGUGCUAAAGGGCGAACAGGAGAGUCAAAGGCUGCCAUCAGUUGAAGACACCACCAAUUUACCUCCGUCGCCUCCUCCUUCACCUGCUGCAGAGCAUUUUGGUCCUCUUGAGCAAGAUGUAGGGGAUGAGGAGGAGGCGGGCCCUCUCCGCCGCUUCCAAAAUUCCCGAGAGAGGUGCAAGUUCCUCGCCCCCUCCAUCUCAGUUUCUGUGCCUGAGGACGACCCCUACCACUCCGACGAGGAGUACUAUGAGCACCCCUUGUUCAGCCCUGAGUGGACGCACUCGGGCGCUCGCCCCACGGGGCAGGCUGUGGCCUUUAGACAGAUUGAAGAAGAAACCAUCGAGGCUCUUACAGCUGAAUACGAAGAGGAGGUUGAAGAGGAUGAUGAUGAUGAUGAGGAGGAGGAGGAGGAGAGUGCAGAGGCAGCUAUUGAUGAGCAGCAAUGGAGCGGGGAAGAGCCUGACCCGGACAGCCUCCAAGCUGAACCUUUAGAACAGGCAGAUGAUGCCUUAGACAAGGACCAGGAUCUUGACCUAGGGCCGGUUGAAGCAGCUAGUGCUGCGACAGAGAGCUCUAUGGACAUAGAGGAGGAGGAGGAGGAGGAUAUGGAUGAUGAUGAUGAGGAAGCAGAGGGUGAGGAGAUCCCUGAGACAGCUGUGAAGAUGGAAUCAGAAAAGCCUGGAAGUGAGAAAAGUGCUUCCAUGAGCCCGGACAGCAUUGGAGAAUCAGAGAAACGUUCAGAGGAGUUUUUGGAGUCCCAGAGCCAGGAGUUCUUCGCUGGAGAACGAGUCGUACCAGAAAGCCCCACCAUUGAUACGCCAUCCUUUGUACCGCCAGCUGUUCAUAGCCAAGCCAAAGAAUCUGCCAAAUCAAUCACCCUUCAGCCUGUUUAUGGUGAACCCCUUACAGUGUCGGAGAAGCAGCCAUCGGUGGAGGUCGUGGAGUUCAGCAGCCUUGGUGCCCCCUCUGAUUUCUCUGCAAUUGGAGCCAAUCUUGAAGGAGGAAACUUGACCAGUGAUGCAAUGUCAGCAUAUUUUGAAACAUCAGCCACUGAUGUCCAUGCGCCCCCCCAGGUUAAAAGCGAGGAUUAUUAUGAACUGAGCCGAGUUGGCGAAAUGAAGAAUACUGCUGAUUCCAAAUUACAGGAGGUCACGCCGACGGUACAAAUGGCAGAAGAAUCACAAGUUUUCUCAGUUCCUGACAGGAGUAAUGAGUGCAAGCUAUCCCCAGGGAAACUAGCCUUGGAGCAAAGGAGCUACUCGCUGAACAUUACUAUCGGGGCAUUGGAUCAAAGCGGUCAGGGCAGAAUGAGUAACUUUUCGCCACUGGCUACCGAUAUUAUGUCGUACACCAGCGGAAGUCUCGAUGAGACAGCAGAUUACCUCCCCAUCACUACUCCAUCCGGCGAAAAGCCACCUCCUUUUCCUCCACUGAUCCUAGAGACUGCAGCAUCAGUCACUUCGGAUUCUUCAUCUCCACCAAGGAUGUCUGAAGAAGGUUCAAACCUCAGCCAAGAACCAGAGUCACCUGAGUCUCCUGAGUCACCUCAGCCGUGCGAGAGAAGCCCUAAGAAUAACUCAAUCCUGGCGCAGGACUUGCCUGAAAUGCUAGAUCUUGCAGGGAACCGUUCCAGGCUCACAUCUGAAGACACAGAUCCGGAAAUUGUACGGAGAAAGUCAAUUCAAGCGGAGGUUCCGAUCUUUUCUGAUGACCUCCUGGCGAGCUUUGUCUCAGGUGAACAGAGUCCUGGAAUCAGAAAGAGUGACAGUCAACUGGAAGAGAUGGGCUAUUGUGUUUUUAGUGAAUACUCGGGGCCAAUGCCGUCCCCUGCAGAUGUGAUUAGCCCGACAAACACUUCUGCUCAGGUCUUCACCCCGUCUGUUCUUGAGGAGAAAGUUGCUGAGCAAGCCCGGAAACUAGCAGUCAGGGACACGUCCACGGAUGACGAGAGCCCGACUGCAGGAGAAGUAAAUGAGGAGGUGCCAAAAGGUUUUAUUGAAGAAGGAGGUCAAAAGGAUAUCAAUAAACCAGUAAGUGAAGAUAUGAAAACAUCUACCCUUCCAUUGGAGACCUUUGUGACACCCACCGUCACUGUGACUUUAGAAGAAGGUGGAAGCUCAGGAAGUGAGACAGAGCGACAAGCUAGCGGCGAAGGCUCUGCUUCUGAAACCGAAAUCGCCGACUAUGAAAGGCAGAUCCGCAAACUUGAAAUGGAAGACAGGCCUCUCAGUUUGGAGGAGGAACGAGAGCUGCAGGAACUCCGGGAAAAGGUGAAGUUAGUGCACCAGGAGGCCUAUGAGGAGGUGGAUGCUGAAGAUGUGUACCAGUUGACGGGGGUUGCCAAAGAUCGCAUUGCAAAGCCUGUCAAAACGUCACCCACCUCCUCUGUGGAGAGUAAUAUCGAUGAUGAUAAACUCCUCUCUCCGGUGCUCUCACCAUCCAAGCUGAAACAAAAGGAACUUUAUGGUUCCCCCAAAAGAGCCAUGUCACCCGGGUUGGCAGCGACCAAAGACGGGAAAGACAUGAGAGAACAGCAAGAAAAGGAAGCAACUGAGAAGAAAAUAAAGGAUGAGAAAGAGGAAACAGAGAAAAAAAUAAGACAGGAGAUCGAACAGAAACAGGAGGAAGUAAAAGACAAAGAGGCAGAAAGUAUACGGAUGAAAGAAAAAGAGAAAGAGCAGGAGAUGAGACAGAAAGAAGAGCGAGAGAAGGAGGAAAGGGAGAUUCAAGGGAGGAUUGAAAAAGAAAGAAAAGAAAAGGAGGAGAGGGAGCACAAGGAAAAGGAAGAGGCAGAAAGAAUUGAGAAAGAAAGGAAAGAAAAGGAGCAAAAAGAAAAGGAGGAGGCAGAAAGAAUUGAGAAAGAAAGGAAAGAAAAGGAGCAAAAAGAAAAGGAGGAGGCAGAAAGAAUUGAGAAAGAAAGGAAAGAAAAGGAGCAAAAAGAACAGGAGGAGGCAGAAAGAAUUGAGAAAGAACGGAAAGAAAAGGAGCAAAAAGAACAGGAGGAGGCAGAAAGAAUUGAGAAAGAAAGAAAAGAAAAGGAGGAGAGGGAGCUAAAAGAAAAAGAAGAGGCGGAUAGGAUUGAGAAAGAGAGAAAAGAAAAAGAAGAGGCGGCUAGGAUUGAGAAAGAGAGAAAAGAAAAAGAAGAGGCGGAUAGGACUGAGAAAGAGAGGAAAGAAAAAGAAGAGGCGGAUAGGAUUGAGAAAGAAAGGAAAGAAAAAGAGGAGAGGGAGCAGAAAGAAAGAGAAGAAAGAGAAAAGAAGGAGAAACAGGAGAGGGAGAUUAUAGAAAGAGAAGAGCAAGAGCAGCGAGAGAGAGAAAAGAAAGAGAAAGAGGAACGAGAGCGAAAAGAACAAGAAGCAAAAGAAAAGGAGAGGGAAGAAAAGGAAGAAAAAGAAAGGGAGGAGCGAGAGCUAAGAGAAAAGGAAGAGAAGAUCCAACAGGAACGUAAAAAGGCCGAAGAGACAAAGACGAUGGCUGAAAUAGAAAGCGAAGAAGAAGAGUUAACAAGCGGCGCUGGGGCAGCCGUGGUACAAGAGAUCCCCGAGACAUGUGCCGCCAUUGAGUCGGUGGUGACGGUGGAAGACGACUUCAUCACUGUGGUGCAGACCAUUGAUGAAGCAGAAGAACCGGGGCACAGUGUUCGUUUCUCUGCUCCACCUGAAGCUGAAAUCCUCUGUAUCCCUGGUGUGGAAGAAGAAGAAGACGAAGAAGAACAAGAAGAAGAUGACGAAGAGGAAGAGUCAGUGGAGUUAGCCCAGGAAGCAAACAUUGAGCCUGCAAGCUUCGAAGAGGUCGGUGAAGUUCCUGAGAACGUUGGAUCUCCUGAGCGGGAAGCUCCAACCGUAGAAACUGAAGCUCCGACAGAAAGUUAUGACAGAGAUGAAACCACCAUGGAUGACUCCAUCUUGGACAGCUCUUGGGUGGACACUCAAGAUGAUGAUAAGAGCACGGCUACGGAGCAAAUCCAGCCCUUGCCAAAGAUGCCAAGCCCUGUCCAAAAGCCAAAUGUGGCCCAGAAUAAGCAGACACAGCAGAAGAGAACAGAGAAGUCUGCCAAAGCCAAAAGUAAAGGCGGGAGAGUUAAAGGCAGAAUCGCUACUCCUGAACGCAAACCUGUCCGUAAGGAACCAGUUUACAUCCCGAGAGAGGAAGUCAAGAAGAAAAAAGCCACGGCAAAACAGACUGAGCUUACCAAAAAAACAGAAGCUCAGACACCGUCCCCAUCGAAGAGGAGUGGUCCAAAACCAGCUUUCCGCCAGACUCGCCCCACUCAGCAUCAUUCAGUUCCCAGAAGGAGACUCACAGAGGCACUUUCAGACAGCCGUCACCCGUUCACUGUUGCUCGGCGGUCUUGCGACAGAGCGUUGUGCCAUGCCCAUCAUUUUCACUUCACAAAGACCCACUCUUCCAUGUCCAGAAUGGCGAACUUAUUAAAUGGACCCCAACCAUCCUCAGCAUCGGUAUACAUUGCCCUCAUAGCCAAGGAUGGUAGAUCACAAAGCCCUGUUAAGACAUCCUCGGUGCCACGGCAUGCGUCCGCGCUUAGUCGCCGUGGAUACCACGAGCAUGAAGACAGCUCAACCUCCAUCACCAGUUCUGGCUCAACGGCCCCUCGUAGACCCAUGUCAUGCCGUGCAGCGAUGCGGGCAGAAUAUAGGACAGGUCGAGCGCCCAGUAUGACAGUGUCAGAGCCAGUGCGCUCCCGUUCAGCCCGCAGUGGCCACUCCACUCCCCGUACCCCGGGCUCCAGCGCCAUCACCCCCGGAACCCCUCCCAGCUACUCAUCGUCCUCAAGGACUCCGGGAACCCCUCGCUCCCUGAGCUUGAUUUCCCAAGAGCGGAGGGUGGCCGUGGUCCGCACUCCACCCAAGUCCCCCGCCACCACGCCCAAGCAGCUCCGCAUCAUCAACCAACCUCUACCUGAUUUCAAGAAGGUCAAGUCCAAGGUCGGCUCCAUAGACAAUAUCAAGUACCAGCCCAAAGGUGGACAGAAGCACAAGGAGCAAAUCAUGGCAGCUGAGGCCAAACACAAGCCCUCCUUUUGGAUCUGGAACUCAGUGCUACGAAUCAUCUCCUUUACUCUGUGUCUGUCAGCGGCUCACAGUAUGACCUGGACCCAAGGCCUGCUGAAUCUUAUUUUAAACAAGAAUGUGGACUUCAGGUACAUUCAGUCCAAAUGCAGCUCCAAGGAUAAUCUGAAGCAACCUCCCCAUGGAGGCAAUGUUCUCAUCCCAAGUGUUAAGCUGGACUAUAGCCAUGUUCAGUCUAGGUGUGGGUCCUUGGACAGGAGGGGCUACUCAGCAGGAGGUGGAAAUGUGCAGAUCCAAAACAAGAAGAUAGAUCUGAGUCAUGUGACUUCCAAGUGCGGCUCUCUAGACAACAUUCAUCAUCGUCCAGGAGGCGGUAAUGUUCGCAUUGAGAGUGUGAAGUUAGACUUUAAAGACAAAGCCCACGCCAAGGUGGGCUCCUUGGACAAUGCUCAUCACACUCCAGGAGGGGGCCGUGUUACGAUUGAGAGCCACAGGUUGACGUUUCGCGACCACGCCAAGGCGCGAGUGGACCACGGGGCCGAGAUCGUCGUCCGCUCGCCAGACCGAUCGCGCUCCAUGUCGCCCCAGCGCCAACGGGACAGCCACCUGUCGUCCUCCGGCAGCCUCAACGUAACGGAGUCGCCACAGUUAGCAACCUUAGCCGAGGAUGUGACUGCCGCUCUGGCCAAGCAGGGUUUGUGAACAUGCAUCACGGAUGCUCUUACACUGAACCUGUCAAUCUUCUGGAGCCUGUGGGGGGGGGAGUGACACGGACUUGGCUUCACAUCUCUUAAAGACCGACUAGUAGGAGCUCCUGUUUAUUUCUGUCUGUUUUCAUUCCAAAAUGUGUGCUAUUUCUUCUUUAUUCCCUCCGCCUCUUCUUUGAAGUGAUGUUGCAUAGAAUAGUUCACCUCUGGUCCUCACUAGGAUUUAGUGUACAUACAUUGGUGGCGGCGGUGGGGGUGGGCAACUCUUGGCCUUACUGAUCCUGGGUGUGUGUUUUAAACAAGCUUUUAUUUCCAUAUGUGGCCAUAUUCUGUAUGUGGAAGUAAUGUGGCCAGCACAUCACACUGCUGCACGUGUUGUUCUUGCUAACGUGCAUGGACGCCAGACCCCUUAACGAAUCCUCACUGCAAGCCCUCUAUAUGUACCACACACAUAGAAAUAUAUAUACAUAUAUAUAUAUACAUAUAUAUAUAGGAACGAGUAUAGGAAUAUAGGUUCUUUACCAUCUACAUGUCCUUUAAACCUUUUCCUAAGGACUAAACAACACAACAAUACAUAGAAUAUGUAUUUUAUCACUGCAAAGGCCAUGUAUGACAUCUGAGCAUGUGUUGAUUCAAAAAGGAUUUUGAGUAAGUUACCUCUUCAUUCAUCCCAGAAGAAAUUAAACAGAUCAUGUUUUGUAGUUCAUAGUCGUUUCCCGCGUAUUUCUUGGUGUCAGCCAGGUUGAAUAAGCACCGCAAGGCCUGAGUUUUCAUAGACAAGCACCCAUCUGAAAUCUUUGCAGAUUUCAACUUGUUGGACUGUAGUGAUGGGCGAUACCAGAUUUUAAAAAUUUGAUACCAUACCGUUUACUUUUUGGGUAUUUUUUCCGAUACCAAUACCAAUGACGAGAUUACUUUGUUGACAUUUUUUCACGAUACCAGCGCCAAUAUUGAUGACUGGUCACUGUUCAAUUACUAUAUUGGUAUUUUCCCCAGAGUAGGAAAAAAAUUAAAAAAUUAAAAAUUAUUUUUUUCAAUACAUGUUUUGGCAUUUUUUUGUUGAUAUUGAUACCAAUACUGAUCACUUUUUGGGCAUUUUUUUAUGCUAAUUGUUUUUUGUUAUUGAUACAAACAUUAUUGUUUUCAUUCAUUCAUUCAUUAUUCUUCACUAUUCAAAUAUUCUUCAAAAUCAAUACCAAUACUAAUUACAUUUUUGGUAUUUUUUCUAAAAACAAAUUACUUUCUCUGUUUUUUUUCUCAUUAACAAUAUCAAUUUUUUCAAUUUUUUUGAAAUACCAUGCGAAUUACGUUUUUGGCAUUUUCUUUCCAGAUUUUUUUUUUUUUUUCAAUAUUGAUGCCGAUUACUUUUUUGUCAUUUUAAUACUGAAACUGCUUUUCGGCAGUUUUAUCCCCAAAAUACAGAAAACAAAUACAGGCUAUUUAAACUGCUAAUUGUAUAUUUUUAACAUAACAUUGUAGUCAUAACAAAUGACAGUACUUUAUUUUUUUACACAAUGCAACCCAUGUAGUGUAUUUGCUACCAAAAAUAGUAUUUUCCAUUUAUUUUACUGAAAUCUGUCAAAUAUCUGGUAUUUAUGAUGAAAAUUGAAGAUUGAUGUAUACAAAAGUAGGUUGCACAGUGUAAAAAUAGUAAAAGUACUAUGUGAUUUGUGCAUGAAAUGUUAGUACUAGUUCAAUACUAGUUCUCUAUUAACACAAUAACACGUAUCGUUACCACAGAAUGGAUAUACCCAUCACUAUUGGACUGGCUCUCAUUUAAAGAAGUGCUGCGAAGGAUUUUAGUGAAAGAUUCUUUGUGUGUGUGUGUGUGUGUGUGAUCUCCUGUUUUACAGCCAAUGUAUCUGAUUGUUUUGUUGCAACAUGUGGCAGCGUUAUAGAAAUGAUGACAAAGAUGAAUCAUUCCGCAAAGAAAAAAGGGGUUCUGUGUUCACGAAAGCUGUUGGAGUGAUAUCGUUUUAUCGCUUUUCAGACUCUUACCCGGGCGCUUGUUUGCUUUUGUGUUUUUUUCAGCAUUCCCCAUCACCGUCCGCCCCUUCCGUCCCCAUCCCAUCCCAUCCCAUCCCAAGCUGCAGCAAGUAAAUGUAUUUAAAAAGGUCAACUAGAUGUAUGCUGUUUUUGAUUUUUUUUUUUUCAUUUCUCAAUGAUAUGACUCCAUUCAUGAAAAAUAAAUGAAAUGAAAAUUAAUGUGA